CUUGAUAAAGAAUCAGAAGCACACUGAGCUACCAAGUACCAACAAUGGCUGCAACGUCUUCAUGGAGACCCGCUUUCUCCCCAAACAAGGACCUUUCUCUCUCCUCUCCCUCAUGGCGCCUGUCUCUCCCCUCGCGGGUCCUCUUACCUGGACGCCAGAAACCCAAAACCUUUAUAGUACUUGCUUCGAUGAUGGACGCGAAGCCCACCGUCCUCGUCGCAGAGAAACUCGGCGACGCUGGUCUUGAGCUGCUCAAAAGUUUCGCCAAUGUUGAUUGCUCUUAUAACUUGAGUCCGGAAGAGCUGUGCACGAAGAUCUCCCUUUGUGACGCCUUGAUUGUGAGGAGUGGCACCAAAGUUACUCGCGAGGUGUUUGAAUCCUCCGCUGGCAGGCUCAAGGUUGUGGGUCGGGCUGGUGUGGGGAUUGAUAAUGUUGAUUUAUCUGCUGCUACAGAACAUGGCUGUCUUGUGGUAAAUGCGCCUACAGCUAAUACAAUUGCCGCUGCGGAGCAUGCGAUUGCCUUGCUUGCGGCAAUGGCAAGGAAUAUUGCGCAAGCGGAUGCUUCUGUUAAAGCAGGGAAGUGGCAGAGGAACAAGUAUGUUGGUGUAUCCCUCGUGGGAAAAACACUUGCUGUAAUGGGUUUUGGGAAGGUUGGUUCUGAAGUAGCAAGGCGAGCUAAGGGACUUGGCAUGCAUGUCAUAGCUCAUGAUCCAUAUGCCCCCGCAGACCGCGCUCGUGCAGUUGGUGUAGAGUUGGUGUCGUUUGCAGAUGCUUUGUCAGCUGCUGACUUUAUUUCUUUGCACAUGCCUCUAACCCCUGCUACAUCAAAAAUGUUCAAUGAUGAUGCAUUCUCCAAGAUGAAGAAAGGUGUCAGAAUUGUAAAUGUUGCUCGUGGUGGAGUGAUUGAUGAAGAAGCUCUGCUUCGUGCUUUAGAUUCUGGGAUUGUUGAUCAGGCUGCACUUGAUGUGUUCACUGAAGAGCCACCACCAAAAGACAGUGUAUUGGUACAGCAUGAAAAAGCAACUGUAACUCCUCAUCUUGGUGCCAGUACCACAGAGGCUCAGGAAGGUGUGGCUGUUGAAAUAGCUGAAGCUGUUGUUGGGGCUUUGAAAGGGGAGCUUGCUGCUACUGCUGUUAAUGCACCCAUGGUUCCUGCUGAGGUUCUAUCAGAACUUUCUCCUUUUGUUGCGCUAGCUGAGAAGCUUUCCAGACUGGCCGUUCAAUUGGUUGCUGGUGGAAGUGGUGUGAAGUCUGUGAAGGUGACCUAUGCUUCUGCCAGAAGUCCUGAUGAUCUUGACACCCGGGUUCUUCGAGCUAUGAUUACCAAGGGUCUUAUUGAACCUAUUUCCAAUGUUUUUGUGAACUUGGUGAAUGCUGACUUCACUGCUAAACAGAGGGGACUUAGGUUAACAGAAGAGCGUGUAGUUCUGGAUGGGUCACCUGAAAAUCCACUUGAGUCUAUCCAGGUUCAAAUUGCAAACGUGGAAUCUAAGUUUGGUAGUGCGAUUUGUGACUCAGGUGAGAUAACAGUGGAGGGAAGAGUGAAAGAUGGGAAACCCCAUUUGACAAAGGUGGGAUCCUUCAGUGUUGAUGUAAGUCUGGAAGGCAGCCUCAUCCUCUGCAGGCAGGUUGAUCAACCAGGUAUGAUUGGAAAGGUGGGAAGUAUACUAGGUGAUGAAAAUGUAAAUGUGAAUUUCAUGAGUGUUGGAAGGAUUGCCCCACGGAAACAUGCUGUAAUGACCAUUGGAGUGGAUGAAGAACCCAGCAAGGACACACUGAAGAAAAUUGGAGAAAUCCCAGCCAUCGAAGAAUUUGUUUUCCUGAAGUUAUAAAGUAAUCAAUCAACAACAGUACUUGGACUCACGCAAAUUUUAUACUUAUUUCUGUUGUUUUUCUAAGUUGAAGGUUUAUCAUUUCUUAGAUAUCACGUUGUCUUGCGGAAUCAAUCUGUAGCUUGUUUUUGUAGAUUUUAUAAAACUGCUGGUUACCU